AUGCGUCGACCAACAAGUGAUGUGAGGCAGCGUGAUGCACGUCGGUCCGCAGUGAUGGAGCAAAACGGCACAAGGCGACGUAACUCCAGUGUUCCGUUUAACAACUCCAGACAGGAUAAGUCACGCCUCUCUCAAGAUAGCGAAACAGACUUUCUAUGCGAUCGGGCUGUAGAGUUUAUGGAGUCUGGUGAUAUUUGCAGUAUUGUGACGGUGGAAUUAGCUGAACAGAGUGCUUAUUUCGAGAGGCUACUUCGGUAUCAUAGAGGACGGGGAAUUAUACGACUGCCUGAAUUUCUCAAUGCUGGUUUUAAUUCUGUGGUUGAGUACAUCAGACGCGGUUUUACUUCUAUCACGACGGACAACAUUUAUGAUGUGUUUAUAGCUGCUGAUUAUCUUUUGGUGCCGCGGCUAAAGGAAGAGUGUGCGAAGUAUAUUCAGGAACUUUCAAAUGACCCAUCGACAGCGAUCAACCUCUGGCUAAACGGACGGUUGCUCUUUUGGCCAGAGAUCGGUGAUAUGGCAUUUCAAAAGAUUUUGGAAAAUUUUGAAAUUGUAUGGCCAUCCGAAGAUUUCCUUCAAAUGGAGGCGGAUGAUGUUGAAUCCAUUAUCAAAAAUGACUCACUUAACUGCAAAAAUGAAUUGACCGUCUUUUCUGCUGUCAUGAGGUGGAUAUCGUGGAAUCCAUCAAGGCGACUCGACGAAGCACUCAAACUCCUUUGGAAUGUACGUCUGGGCAUGGCGCGCAAUAGUGAUCUUGAAAAGAUGAAAAACCAUGAGCUUCUAACAACCGUGCCAGAUUUUGCACAGACAGUGCUGGAAUGGCCCAAUAGCAUUUAUUCAUUAAUGGAUCGCCUAGACGAAACCCAAAAGCUUAAUUUGACUAAACCCAGAACACCACACGAAGUUCUUUGCGUAUUUGGUGGAUGGUGUGACGGCGAGGGUCCACGUGCAGCAGCCCAGAUUUUCAGUCCUUGCAGCAACUCCUGGACCUUGUGGACGGAGAUGGGCUGCCAGACUCAGAGCCCUCGCUACGAAUGGCUGAACAACCUCCGUCCUGAUGAUUCCGCCGCUCAAAUGGGGGCUGACGGCGCAAUCUCCGCUUCUCGCCCACCUGGUGAACUUCCUGAGGGGCUCUACCGAUGCGAGGAGAGACUCAUUGGAGCCAAUGAGAUCUCUUGUCUCAUAGGUGAAAUUCCACGGCGGGUGUACGCAGGCUGUGUGCUGGUGAGAAAUCGAGUCUACUUAGUUGGAGGAUUCGAUGGGACCAAUGCGCUUAAAUCUACCCUCUGUUACGACUUUGAACUAGAUUCGGGAUGGUAUGAAAUUAGCUGUAUGUACGAGAAGCGAUAUUAUGUCAGCGUGGCCUACGCUUCCCGCUAUAUAUACGCACUAGGAGGACAUAAUGGGGAAAACCAAGGUCGUCUGGAUACAGCUGAGCGCUACAACCUGGAUGAGAAUCUCUGGCAGCCAAUUGCCUCUAUGAAUCGCAUUCGCAGCGACGCCGCAGCAGCGGAGCUUUACAAUCGAGUCUAUGUAGCGGGUGGUUUCGAGGGGCGUAGAUACCACGAUUCUGCCGAAUACUACGACGCUGACGCGAAUCAGUGGACUCUUAUAAGCCGCAUGCAUUCCCCUAGAGGUGGCAUAUCCCUUGUAGCUCAUGAGGGUUACAUAUAUGCCAUUGGUGGCAACGAUGGAAAUACCCGACUCCGCAGUAUCGAACGUUUUGAUCCUACCACAGGAAAGUGGGAGAUAGUAGGACAGAUGAAUCGACGAAAGAGUAACCUCUCGUCCGCUGUACUUGGAGAUGACAUCUACAUCAUCGGUGGAUGGUCAGAUGAACCGGAAGCGGGUAUUCUCAGUUUAGUGGAGCGGUUUGACACUAAAACACGCGAAUGCAUAGAGAUUCGUCCGUUGACCUUCCCUGCUAGCGCAACUUGUGCCUGCACCCUUAGGAACCAAAGACUUGUCACCAAGUUUGUGAAUCCACAACCGAAUGGCAACCAGACCACCACAAUUUUCGGCGAAGACGGGGCUCCAUUACAGAGGGGCCUCACCGCCGACUCAAACGCCCCAGGCACUCCCACAAACCUGCGGACGAUGUCACCAUCCGAGGCCAACACCAACAUAAACCACGAUUCAAUGAGCCUGAUAAACAUUUCGACGGCCGAUACACCUCAAUUGCCCUACAACUCCAGCUCAAACAACCUCUACUACGAAGAGAUGCAACUGGACAGCCAGGAUUCUCAAAUGGACCACACAAAUGAUUGCCUAACCAGUGAUCUUGAGGAGAACAGCUAUCCCUCAGUUACGUCAUCUGCAUCCACUGACUCCUCACGAUGUUCCUCACCGCACCUCUCCACCCUACUUCCACAGUCAUCACCCUAUCAGCCCCUCACUAGGGGCGCACAGGAAUGCAAAAUUGUUCAGGGGUGCUUUUCCCUUCUUCCAGCUCCGCCACCCACAUCAAAUCCUUUUAAUGCACCUCCCCUCGUUGAUGGCGAGGCUCGACGCCGAAAACUGCGGUCAUCAGUUAGGCGCAACCUGUAUUGA